CCUGCUUCCACCACUAGAUGCCCUCAGAACGGACAACUGGCUGAGUCAUAGGUGACGUAAUUCUUCCGUUGUCACAGUAACCAUUUGUUUCGUAGCAAUUGCCGUGAAUCAAGAGACGUCGGUACCGAGACAUUUCACUAGUAACAAGCCAUUACCCUCAGUGGAGAGUAAUGUCCCACCGGGACCACAGUCCCCAGCAGGGUGCUGGACCCAAUCUUGUGGAUUUGGAGGUUAUGCGAAACCGCUCGGAGCUCUUCAGAGCAGAAUGCACGCGGCUAAUGCUGGAAACGGACAAAACAUGCAAACGCAUGCAAAAAGAUGACCACAAGCGACUGGAUCAGCGGCUCCGAGAUGUCCAGUUCGUGAAGAAGGAGUUGGAGCUAAAGUUGGAGGAGAUAACAGUGGAGAUCGAUGUCCUCAUAGCGCUGCAGAGCAGAGUGGUAAAAGCCGUGGAGGCCUGCAAAGAGCCUCUGAAGGUCACCCUGGUCUGUCUGGAAGAGAGGAAACGGCUCCCCUCCGAGUGGCUUCAUGACGAGGUGGAGAGAGAGCUGCUGAAGGAGAGCGAGGUUAUUGAGGGAGUGGCUUCCCUUCUGCAGAGUGUGGGAAAGCAGAUCACGGAGCAGAUACGACUGGACCGGUCGGCCAAGUACCGGCUGGAGAAGGAUCUGAAGGAGAAAUUCGAAGCUCACUGCAUCGACAACUCCUGUGCCUUGAUGACCCACCAUUCCAUCAGCAGCCCGCAGAUGUCCAAAAGCACUGAGAUGGUUCUACCGAGCUCGGCAGUGACCCCAAAGCAGUGGGAGGACAUCUCUGAGAUCAACAUGGCCACAGCGGAGCAGCAGCAGGUGAACUCUCGGUGCCUUCGGGCCCUGGUGGAGUCUCUCCUGGAGCAGACGGCCGCCGACCUGGAGAAGCAGGUCCAGGCCACAACGGCAGCCUUCCAGCUCAAAAUCCAGGAGGUCAAGUUGGCCAAGAGCCAGAUGGAAGAUCAGCUGACCAAGAUCUUGUCUGAGUGUGGCAGCCAGCAGAGGGUCAGGGAGGAUCUCCUUGUGGCCGUGGCAGAGAGCGAGCGGGUUCUGGGUCUGGCGCAGGCCCGCCUGGCUUUGCGCCGCCAGAGGCCCGGCAAAGAGCAAUGCCACGAUGCGGCACAGAGCCGGCUCCUCGCCGAGGUCCAGCAGCUGACUGCUCACAUCAGCACACUGCGCGAGGCAGCGCGGCGGUCGGACGAGGAGCAGAGGGCUUUGGGCCGCUCCCAGCUGCAGCUGCAGGAAAGCAUCGAGGUGAACGCCAACUCGCUCUACAUUGACGAGGUCAUCUGCGGCCAGCACAGGGAGCCCAUCAUCAUCCAUAGCUUCUGAGCUUUUGGCAAGAAGUCUACUGUACCUACACGUACAAGUAUUUAUACAGGAAUCAAAUUAUGUGUUAGUUUGAAUUUAGAUUAUUCACCGUUGAAGCUGUGCUACUUGACCUUUCUUGUGUUGUG